AUCAAACCAUAUGCUUAAAAAUUGAGGUGGAACAAGAUAUACGACUUGCUUGUCGUGUCUACUAAAUCAGCCAGAGAGAUCUUUGAAGGCUUCUUGCCAUCUCCGAUCUAGCAAGGUGUGGGAAAUGGUAAAGGAACACCUUCAUGGCUGUACAGGUGCAGUGCAACAUCUCCUCUGACCUGGUCUGUUAUGAGGAAGGAUCAGGCCCGUUUGCUGUCAUCAUUAUUCCAAGCUUGCUGGCUCUCAGCACAUUGAUAGUCGUGUCUCAAAUAAUAUGGAGCUUCUUUACCAAAAGAUCAUCUCCUCGGGUGGCCACAGGCUCACAUACACAUGUAAAUGCUUUUUUAGAAGGAGAACCUGUACCAGUGGGCACAGUCUCUGGGACUCUGCAGCCUGCACAGGAUAAACUUGGUCCAUGGGAGAUACCUGCUCAGUGCACCCUUGAAGGGGUGGAACUCUUUCAAAUGGGACACUAUGGACCCAUCUGCAAGGGUCAGCUAAAACAAGACAGCAUAUCCACUGCUGUAGUGAUUAAAAUUCUAAAAGACAGGUCAAAUCAGCAUGAGGCUAAAGAAUUUGUGGAUUUGGUCCUCUUCCAUGCAGCAGUAAGCAAACAUGAGAAUAUAGUGAAAAUGUUAUACUGCCAAACACGCUGCACGCCCAUGUACCUGGUUUUGGAAGCAAGCAUUCCAGGGAACCUUUUACAUUUCCUCUGGAGUCUUCGAGAGGAUAGAUCUGGGACAGGUGAUAACUUGCAAGCGUUUUCAGAGAGGUCUGUUUAUCUAGUAGCUAAACAGGUGGCGGCAGGUCUGGACUACCUACACUCCUACCAUAGAGUUGUUCAUGGGGAUGUUGCAGCCCGAAACAUGUUGAUUAGUUCAGGGUUCUUGGUCAAAGUCUCUGGGUUGGACUUGGCUUUUAAGAGCCGACAAGCAAGGAUCAUUGACAAGGAAAUGGAAGCCAAUGUACCAGUAAAAUGGCAAGCCCCAGAACGGAUCAUGAGGCAUCCCCUAACAGACAGGAGUGAUGUAUGGUCCUUUGGAAUCCUGCUUUAUGAGAUGAUAACCCUGGGCUCUCCUCCCUAUCCUGAUCUGGAACCAUCAGAAGUGCUCCUUCAAACUUUAGCCAAUUACAGAAUGAAAAGACCAGAAAAAUGUGGAGCUCCAUUAUUUGAUCUAAUUAAGUACUGCUGCAUGUGGAAUUUCAAGGACCGGCCUGUGUAUUCUGCCAUUGUCAGACUUCUGGACUCUUACAUUUACCUCGCUGACACAAGACCUCUUUGCUAUGGACAACAGAUAGACAUCUGUGAAUACAGAAAGAAAGCAGGGCUGGCCCCAUGAGCUCUCCGCAUUCAGAGACCAAUUGUGUUUGUGUAUUAAUAUAGUUCUAGAUUCAGUUCUAAUAAGACUGACAUUUCACAUUCAGCUAAAUUGUAUAUUGUGCUCUGACCACGUCGUGAUGGCCAAAACGUCAAUACAGGUCGCCCGACCAAUGGCCAAUAGCAUAGCGGCCUCUAGUGGUAAACUGAAAUAAAAACUGCAAACUGCUCGGGAUUUAAAGCCUGAAAA